AUGGCAGACCGGUUCCCUUCAAUUGAAGACAUCGAUGCAGGUGAAACAGAUAUCCGCCCCGACCCGGCCGCCCAAGGCAGCUUUCUCGAACGCGAACGGGCGUUGCUGGGAGAGGACGCCGAACUAUUCAAUGCCAACGAUAGACCUGGUGCUGCUACUGUCGAAGACGGUGACGACGAUCUAUUAGGUGGUGACGGCGAGUUCACAUCUGCCCCGGUACUGCCAUCAGGCGGUGACGGGCAACAAGACUUAGACGACUUUGAAAGCUCAUUCCCUGCCAUUGACACACGAAACGAGAACGUCGCACCGGGCGGCACCAUAACUGAUUCGACCCCCUUUGGCGGCUACACAAACUACACUGCUCCGGUACAAGAUGAAGACACUGAACCCAUCCGUGAAUGGCGAGCCAAACGGGACGCCGAAAUUGCCCGCCGCGACGAAGCCAGCCAGCGCAAAAAGGAAGAGACAAUCUCCACCGCACAGAAGGACAUCGACUCAUUCUACGAAUCCUACAACCGGAAAGUCGAUAAGCAAAAGGCACAGACUGCGAAAGAGGCAGAGGAAUUUCUAGCAAAGAGAGAAGAUACCACUGCUGGAGGCACGGCUUGGGAGAGAAUUGCCAAGUUGGUUGACCUGAGCGGGAAGGGACAGUCGGGUGGUGGCGACGGAAGUUCCAAGAAGAGAAUGCGCGAGUUGCUGCUGAGUCUGAAGGCGGACAAGGAUGCGCCAGGCGCGGCGGGAAUUUGA